AUGGAGAAACCACUGGUCGACCCUGGCAAGCUCCAUUUUGGUUUUGCUAUGGCUUCACUGCAAUGUACAAUGCAGAGCCAUUUUGGAUCCAACUCUUCUGAAUCCAAACUGACGAACAACUGUACAGAGAAUGGGAAGAACUGGCCUGCCUUGAUCAUUCUGGUCAUAAUCUUCUUCACUGUUGGCGGGAAUAUCUUGGUCAUCCUGGCAGUCUCCCUGGAGAAGAAGCUACACAACGCCACCAACUUCUUCCUGCGCUCUCUGGCUGUGGCGGACCUGCUCGUGGGCAUCCUGGUCAUGCCAGCUUCACUAAUCAGUAUCCUGUAUAAUUACACAUGGCCUCUGCCCCGGGUUCUGUGCCCCAUGUGGCUCUUCCUUGAUGUGCUUUUCUCCACUGCCUCCAUCAUGCACCUGUGUGCCAUCUCGCUGGACCGCUACAUUGGAAUCCGCAGUCCCAUCCAAUACAGUCUCAACAACUCCCCCUGCAGGGCCAUGGGCAAGAUUGUAGUAGUCUGGACCAUUUCUGUGGUGGUCUCCUCCCCAAUCCCGGCUAUUGGCCUUCAGGAUGAGGGGAAGGUGUUCCUGAACUGCAGCUGUGCACUCAACGAGCCACGCUUCGUGCUGGCGGGUUCCUUCGUGGCCUUCUUCAUGCCCCUCCUCAUCAUGGUGGUCUGCUACUGCCUGACCACGCGGGUCCUCCAGCAGCACGCCGAGACCAUAUCGCGCAGUCAUGCCCUGCACACCGAUCCCCAGCGACCCUCGUCCCGGCAACCCUCACCUCGGCAACCCUCGCCGCAGCUCAGCAUAAGUGACGCCAGCCUCCUGAAUGACGAGGCACCCUCUGACGGUGGGCACAUGACGCCGCGCAGCAGAGCAGUCACUGGGUACCUAGCUGCCCCAUCGAGGGGUCCCGAGGGUGGGACUCCUCAAGGCCUGAGGAGGCGGGGCAUGGUACAGGCCGUCAAGAAUGAGCGGCGGGCCUCCAAGGUCCUUGGCGCUGUUUUCUUCCUCUUCCUGGUUAUGUGGUGUCCAUUCUUCAUCACCAACGUGCUGCUCGCCGUGUGCCAGAGCGACUGUGGUGAGCACCUGUCUGAAAUGAUGAACCUCUUUGUGUGGGUGGGCUACAUCUCCUCAGGGGUCAACCCACUGGUCUACACUCUUUUCAACAAGACCUACCGCCACGCCUUUGCCCGCUACCUGCGCUGCAGGUACCACAGGCAGACGAAGGCUUUGCCAAGCAGCUCACCCUGCCAGGUUUACUCUGUCACACCCACCCCUGUCCUGGGGGGGCGAAGCUACACCGACACCAAUGGGAACAGGGGCUUACACAGCUCACACCUGAUACAUAAACAACCAGAUCAGAUGCCCAAAGAGGGUAUGAAUAACUUUGCUGGCCCCACAGAGCAUGUCAGCUGUGUCUGA